AUGUUGUCCGAGUUGGCCUCGCCGCCUCCGAAGCCUCACCGUCUGGCUAAUCCAAGCUCUUUCUUAGACAUUUUCGUGCCAAAACAUGAGGAGCUCUACAUGUCCAAGCGGGAUGCAAGCACCUAUUUUGACAGCUUGGUUGUGCCUCAGGAGCUACAGCCCUGGUUUGGGCAACAGCCUGUGCAAGUGAAGGAGCUGGUCCAAGUAGGCUUGUCUUUGCGCGAGAUAGCCAACACCAUUGGAUGCUUGCGCAAGUGCGGGGUGCCAGAGUCGCAAAUCUUGAGCUUGGACCACGACUUGCCAAAGACCCAACAUGAGUUGUGCGCAGUGGCUACGGACGAUGUCUUGCUUGUCCACAGGUGCAAGAAGCAGGGGGGCAAGACUUUGCAACGGCUUGACCACGUCUUUGCAGAACAUGGCAUUGUUCGCAACAAGGCGAAGGAUGUGAACCUUGCUGGCCACAUGACUGGUUUGGGCUGUGACAUCGUCAGCUCGCCGCCAAUGGUGGAACCAGCCCUACACAAGAUUGCCAAUGUUGUUUUGGGAAUUUGCGACCU